GUGCUCAUGUCCUGCAGGAGUCCAACGGCCCCACGGAUGCCUAUGCAGCCAUAGCCAAGGCUGACCGGCUGACCCAGGAACCUGAGAGCAUCCGCAAGUGGAGGGAGGAGCAGAAGAAGCGCCUGGAGGAGCUGGAUGAAAAAAAAUGGCGUGAGAAGGCCAAGAAGGACCUGGAGGAGUGGAACCUGCGUCAGAAUGAGCAGAUGGAGAAGAACCGGGCAAACAACAGGAUCGCUGACAAAGCCUUUUACCAGCAGCCGGACGCCGAUGUGAUUGGCUAUGUGGCCUCGGAGGAAGCAUUCCUGAAGGAGUCCAAGGAGGAAACCCCAGGCUCCGAGUGGGAGAAGGUGGCCCAGCUCUGUGAUUUCAACCCCAAGAGCAGCAAACAGAGCAAGGAUGUCUCGCGGAUGCGCUCAGUGCUCAUCUCCCUCAAACAGACGCCCCUGUCCCGCUAA